AGUAUUUCCUCGUCUUCAUUUCCUUGCAUUUGUUUCUAUUUUUCUCCUAUUAAACUUCGACCACUCGCUACCUUCAAACCUAUUAAUCGACCAAUCAACUCUCAAAAUGAAGUCUUUCGCCACUAUCGCCCUCACCCUCCUCGCCGCCGCCACCACCAUCUCCGCUCGCCCAAACAUCAUGGAGCGCCGCCAGCCCGCCGUCCAGAAGGUCAGCGUCCAGCUCACCAACGAUCGCACCGGCAGCAACGCCGUUUUCAACGCAGCCCUCAACAAUGGCGCCGUCCCGAUUGUCGAUCUCUUCCUCGGCAGCGCUGUCGACUUCGGCGGCGUGGUACUCGCCUCCAGCGCCCAGUUCGUCGGCACUAUUCUACCCGGAGCGGCUUGUGUUAUCAAAGGCAAUGAUGGGAGGGUAUUUGGGGAUAUCAAUGACCGCAAGACAUUUACCGAUUUGGAUGGGGAUGCGGGCAAUGCGGUGCCGCAGAACUUGAACGAUGCCACUUUGGAGUGCCAGCUUUGAAUAUAAUGAUUGUAGCGCUGUAUAGAGAAAGUAGUGGGAUGUUGAGACGUAUUUUGCAUUGAGUUUGGGCCACGGUUUCAUAGCGGGUUUUGAUUUUAUGGUUUUGGGGAUUCAUUAUAUUUGGACUGGAUCAUUGUUAGGGCGGAAAUUCACUUCACGUCGCUCGUUUGAAUUACUUAGAGCUGAUGUAUAUCAUUUGGC